GGCACCCGUUGCCCCGUUGCCUUCGCAGCCAUGGAUUUCCCAGAACUUCUGCAAGGGGUUCCUGCUGCAGAGACCAUGCGAGAUCUGCAGCUGCAGGGCAUUUUGCCAGACUCGCAUCGUUUCCUGCGGCUGGUCUCCAAGUUGGGAACUGGCCUCAAUGCAACCAGCUCAGACAUGGUGGCACAGGCAAUCCAACGAAUCUUCGCUGCCUUAAGAUGGAUGGAGCAGAUGAGCGACUGGGGAGAACGCACGCUAGGCUCUCGCCUCCAAAUUGCAGCGCGGGCAAAAGGGCUGACCAGACUCAAGCACAAAGCUGCAAAGCGAAAACAGAUCCGGUAUUGCUCGGUGGUUUGCAUCUUCCAGCGCCGUGGCUUGCCCGAGCCAGCGCUGCAAGCCAUCCACCAGCUGCGCAGCAAGGGAAUGGAAGUGCCGAUUUGCACGCUGGCACUAGCCAUCGACGUGUGUUUGCAGGAUGGCCAAGUUCUUCACGCCAAGGAGCUCUUUCUUCAGGCACAGCAUGCAGCGGCCGAGAAGCUGCAAGGACUUCACACCGAGACCACCGGUGCAGCCGGUAUGGAGGUUGAAGUGGAGAAAUCCGCGGAGAAAUCUGUGGAAAAAACGGUGAAAUCUGAUGCGGACGACCCAAAGCUCGAUACCUUGGAUGCUCCAGACCAGGACGACCAGGAGGACCAGGAGGAAAUUCCACAGCUUCCCAUGGCUGAUGAAGCUGCGUUGCGUACUGAUGGCUUGCCCAGUUGGUUGAGCCCACGAGAGGGGCAUCUCAUUGCACUCCUGGCAUGCCAUGUAGCUAUUCUGACUCAUCUAGCACCAUUGCCUUCCACCUUUUGGCACAACUGUGACGGCAACGACCCGGCCAACUGCCAUCAGCCGUACCGAGAAGCGACGUCUCGGCAGCUCAGUGAGGUAUUGGAUGCCACGGAAGUGCUGAAAGAUGGGUUGCAAUUGCUGAAGUCAGCCCAUAGCGCCAUGACAAAUUCCAGCCACGAGACCAUUGCUUUGUUGGGCGGCGCAGAUGGCCAAGGUCGCCGGCAUCGCUUUGCACUGAGAUACCUGAUGUCUCCAGCUGCGCGUUUAGUGUUGGGGCGACCAACAGCCCAGCUGCAAGAGAUGAUCGUUGCUGAAGGUCUUGACCUGGAAGACUUGGCAAGACAUGGCCUGAUGGAGUCGAUGGAAUCGAUGGAAUCGAUGAAGUCGGAGUCAGGUGCAAAUCUUUUGGAGGAACCAGAGGAACCAAAGGAACCAUCAGCUCAAGAUAAAUCGGAUGUGCGCAGCAUCAUCAUCAAACUGCUGGAGGGUCUGGAUGGUCGACCUCUUUGUCGAGAGGAACUCGAUGAUCACAUGCGGUCUAUGGGGCGAAAGAAGAUCAAGCGCCCAGGGAUGGUCAUACAAUCCUUCCGCAUGGCAGCAAGACUUGCUGAGCUGGGUGUGCAUGCCUUGACUCUCCAGGAGAAUACCAAGGAGAUCUUCACCGACUCUGAAGCAUCUGAGGCCUUUACAAAGGCUACGGCCGCUACGAGGCACUUAGCACCCGAUACAGACAGCUGUGCAGCUGCUAUUGAGGCGUUGUUCGCUUGUGGGGCAGCUGAUGCCGCUGAAAUGAUUUACAGCAAAUGUCGCUCGGCGUUUUUGCCAAACCCAGCUCUCUACAGUGCUGUGAUCUUUGGUCGUUUGUCUUGUGGGAAUGGUCAGGGUGCCACGGAUGCCAUGCUGGACAUGCAUUCUGCUGGCUUCGUACCGCAUCAACGAUUCCUCUCACGAUGUUUGCGACUCAUGGGACCCUUCUGUCAGCAGGGCCUUCUUCUCAUUGACCGCCUGGGCUUGGACACAAUGCAACGAAAGCUGCUGCAUGUUUUGAUGGAAGCUUGCAAUGCAUCAUUUGACCCUGCCUCCAGCAUUCUGGAACUUUACCAAUUUCUGAAGCAGAAGGGGUGGGGCGCAGAUGGAGACACCUGUUUCGCUAUGUUGCGAGCCCUGUGUGGCAUGCCCAAUGUCGACUCGGCCAUUCAAGAACUCAAUGGUUUCUUCCAGAAAGACAUGAUCCCAGCCCAUCCUGGAUUCGAGAUCUUAUUGCGUGAGUGCUUUGGUUUGGCAAACAGCCGACACCGUGCCCUGUUAGUCAUGGAGGCACGCCGCACCUGGGUGGAGGCCGUCUCUGAAGCGACAUGCGACGGACGACGCCUUAUUCAGACUGCUUUGGAGCUGCGUCGCGAAGUUGAGGAAGAGCUGCCAGUAGAGGCCGAAGAGCCCGACGCGAGAGCCCGGGAGCGCAUCUUUUCAGAGGAGCCCUGGGAAACGGAGGUGCAUGAGGAUCAAGAUGGCGAUGGCCAGGAUGCCAAGACAGUCGUAAAGUCGGAUAGUGGCAACGAUGUCGCGCUGGACGAUAGUUGCUUUGGACCCAAGUGCAGGUUCAGGUGGAUUCUCAAGGCAUAUUGCGUGGCCUUACCACUGCAUUUGGCCGCAAUCAAUGCAGCCCAGUACGUCCUGUGGCGUUACAGCCUGGUGCGCUCAGGCAAGCAGAAGGCCUUGCUACAGCAGGAAUUCGAUCAAGCACUUUCAGAUAAACAUUCCGAAGCGUCACAGCUCCAUGCAAAAGUGCCAGAAAUUCACUGCGAAACUCAGGGUCCUCAUGGAUCUGAUGCGCUGGACGCAUGGGAGCCGCUCUCCUUCAUUCUGCUGGUGAUUUUCCAGCUUGGUGCCCUGGAGGUGAAUGAAGGAACCCAGAUACGGCUGAUGCGCAUGCUCUUCCGCGCUUUGCCAGCCGGGAGCCACCUCCUGGCGAAGCAUGUGGACUUCAUAGAGAGAGAGGCCUCUAGAUUGACGCCUGCUGCGCUGACUGAUCUCAUCUCCAUUUGCAACGCUCAGUCCGAAGCGACUCCGCCAUUUCGCUCGGCAGCUGGCAAGAAGAGACUGGCAGAAAUCGUGGAGACCUAUUACUUGAGCCGAAACUGUGGGGAGGCCAUCAAAUUGAGUACCACGCUUCGCUUCGUAAAGGCUCAUCAAUUAGCACCUUUCAUGGACGAGGCAGUUUUGAUGCAGCCCGUGCUUGGUGCAUUCAACGAAGGGACACAGCAUCAUGCCUGGAAUUUGGGAGAGAAUGAUGUCUUUCUUCAGCUCUACAUGAUCUCCUUCGCCCUUCGGAAGGGCUGGCGCCUAGCAGCUGGACGCCUGGUGGAUCGCUUUGGCGUGGGUCGAAAGACCGUUCAAAGCCUGGAGAUUCCAAACUGGUCAUCGCAGCAUGGAUGUUUCCAAGAAGAAUGCGAAGCGUGCUUACGGGAAGCUGAAGAUGCUGAAGAGAGGGAACUCCGCGCUGCAACUGACCGGAAAAUGGCGGCAGCAGCUGAAGAGGACGCCAUCUCUUUGCAACUUCCAGAUUCAGUAGCACAGCAAGUCUUCUUCGUGGCCAACGCGGCAGAUCUGGAUGAUGUGGAGCAACGGUUAUCUCAGCUUGUCACAUGUGAUGGUGGCAGCGACCACAUCUUUAAAAAAUUGGCAGAGAAAGGGCGCACUUUGGGCUUAGAUGCUGAAUGGAAGCCUUUCCUGGAAAAGCGCGGUGGUAUGCAAAAGCAUCGGCGAAGCACUCAGUCUGCUGGCAUGGAGCCUUGCUCAACUCUGCAAGUUGCUGCUGAUGACUUCGUGGUUGUCUUUGAUCUGCUUUCGCUGGCCCCAAAGAAGGCUAGUACUGCCUCAAGACUCUCCCGGCUGCUGAGCCCGCUAUUCAGUCACUCGGGCAUCCUCAAAAUUGGCUUUGGACUCCAGCACGACCUUCAACGACUGGCCGCUUCAUACCCACACCUGGAAUGCUUCAGAUGCAUGAACGCGACCCUGGACGUCCAGGACUCCUUCAUGACUUUGAGACGCGAGAAGGGCCAAUCCACGGGCUUGUCGGCACUCUGUGUGGAGCAUUUUGGUUUGCCCUUGAGCAAGCGGCUGCAAACCAGCGACUGGGGAGCACGACCGCUGAGUAAAGAACAGCUCCUCUAUGCAGCCCUGGACGCCUUUUGUCUCCUGGGCUUGGCACGAAAGCUUCCAGCAGAGAUCUUGCAAACACAGAAUCUUAAGGUACAAUCUGUUGGAGAAAAGCUGGUGGUGUCGGCAGUUGGCACCUUACCCGCGGCAGAUGCAGAGGAGGUUGCCAAGUUGGAUGCUGACAUCUCCUCCAAAGGUGCAGAGAUCCGCGCUAUGAAGGCAGCUGGACAACCAAAGUCUGCAUGGCAAGCGGAGGUGGCAGUCCUCUUGCAGCUGAAAUCAAAGUAUCGAGACCUCGUGCUGGUUCAAAGCACUAAGUUUGCCACCUUUGCAUUUUUGGCCGCCGAAGACAUGUUUCUUCAUGCCACGUCUUUGUUGCCGUUGCCCUGUGCAGGUGAUGUCCAGUGGAGUUCUCUCGACAUCCCGGUCCCGCCCUGGCGAACAAGAUCCCCACGGUUGCUCCACGGUGCCGCAACCGUUUCCUCGGUGCGGCCUAGGCGGAGGUGAAGCCAGGUGAAGCCAAGCAGAUCAAGCAGACCUUGGUGAAUCCGGUGAAGACAGCAGCAGAUGCAGAGAGACAAU